AUGACAUCGAAACGAUCCACCGGAUCAAUUCUUGAUGUCUUUUUUUUUAAAUCAAAAUCCCAAGCAUCAUCUCUUUCAACAGAAGAAAUGUCUUUAGUAGAUUUCGCUGAUCUUCCAACAAGUUCACGAGAUGAAAAUACUGAAAUAUCUUCUGCGACUAAAAUUUCUCCCUUCAUUCAAACAUCAAAUUUAUCAAAUCUCAAUAAUGUCUCAAAAAAUGAUCUUGAACUUGAAAAUCAGGAUGACAUUUUUGAUAAUUCUAAUGUAUCAUCAAAUAUGGAUAAUCCGAUAUCGUUGUUGCAACCGACGAAUUUAGUCAUAUCAUGGUCAUCGGAUCAAAAUAAAUGA